CAGUUCAGACGCUCCCAGGCGGUCUGAUCCAGGGCAGCAUCCAGCCCGCUGCCGUCACCUCUGCGCACUCUCCUCUGCCUUUGCAAUGCCGGCGCUGGCUGUUCUGACCUUCUGCGCAUUCUUCGGGGGGACACAGACGGCAGAUUUCAACAUUUCCAGUCUCUCUGGUGUCCUCUCACCAGCAUUUGCCGAGAGCCUCCUAAUGGCAGUGCCCCCAUGCCAAUUCACCAGGGCAAAUGCCAGCAUCCACAUCAUACAUCCCAAUGGAACCACAGACGUCAGGCACUUCACUGUGCCCCUGUGCCGUGGUAGGCGUGAGCUCGUCAGCGUGGUGGACAGCACUGGGGGCUUCACUGUGACCAGACUGGAUGCUUACCAGAUCACAAGACUGACUCCAGGACAGACGUACACCAUUUCUUACUCCGUCUUCAACAAAGACCGUUCUGUAUCCAAAAGCAACAGCAUUGCCAUGGGCACUUUGCAUAGUGCCCUGGGCUCUCUCUCCCUCAGGAAUGGAUUACAGAAGCAUACCUGUGGACAUGUCACGCAGCGGAGGAAUGGUGGUGAUCACAGUUCUCCUCUCCAUCGCCAUGUUUGUCUUGGUUGCUGGCCUCACUGCCAUGCUGGCAAUCACAAGAUGCAAGUGAAGCAGGACUGCCUGGACACGCCGAGGCAGCGGCUUCCCCUGCAGAGUCACGCUGCCAUGAGAACUCAUGAGGGUGACCUGCAAAGGAGCACAGUCUGGCCGCUACCUCCUCUUUUCUUUUUGUUUCUGUUUCUUGUGGGUAGAAACGCCUGGAUAACCUUCCUUGUAAAGUAAAGUAUUUUCCUCCUUGUUUGUUACCUUAGAAGCUCAGGCCUUGGCUGCCCCGUUUGCUCUGGAGGCCUGGGAACGAUUGGAGAACAAGCAGGAUUUUAACAUCUGG